AUGUCAAAGCGAAAGCGAGGCGACCGCGACCGCGACCAACCGCCCAUCGACGUGGGCCUCGGCGCGACAUUGGCGCACCUGCGAGGAGAGCAGUUGCCAGACACGACCGCCGCCGCCGACAAGAAUAGAGAGGGAGGCGACUGGGAGGUAGUCGGCCCCUCGAAGCGAAGACGGCGGGCGGGCAAGGCUCAACGCAGCAAUCAUGGCCACCGUCGUUCGACAUCUUUCUCACCCAACCGCAACCUGCGGCGACAGUCCGACAGCGUCGAGGUGCCCAUAGAUGCUGACGAUGAAGAAGAUGAGGACAACAUUGCUACACACAAGUCGGGCUCUGAGCAGCCUGAUGAGCGCCGAACGGAGCGCCGAACGGAGCGCAAGCUACGGCGGAGCUAUCCAGCCAUCCAGCAUUCACCUCAUGCUCGCUUGCAAUCGCAUGUGAAACUGGGGGAUCUGCAAACGCUCGUGCUUUAUCUGCUUGCGGAUGGGAAUGCGCCGCAGUGGGUCUCAGUGCGUAGUCGCGCUAGCAUUCAGCGGGUUGUCAUGCUCUUGGUGCCGGGACUGGAGAUUGGCAUGUUCAAUGGCACCGUAUCUCUUGAGCCUGUACCCUCAUCUAGCCCCAGAGGCGAAGCAGACGCCCAGGACAUCAAGUCCGAUGCCACAGCCGCGGAUGAGCAGACUGUGCAGCGCAAGCAUUUGAACAUCACUCCUGAUGACUUCUAUCCGGCUAGUCUGCGGCCCGACCGGCUGCCAACAUGUUUGAAGCCUCUAGCCGAAAUAUUCGACCACGUAUGGCCCAUCAAGACUCCUGGAGAGCAUCGUAACAAUCAGUACACCAGAGUGCACUCGCCCAUCCACACCAUGCUAACCUCACAAAUACCAAAGACCCAAGAAGAAAAGCAGUUGAAGAAGAGUGGCACGCACAAAGGGCCCAUGCCUCAAAAUGCAAAACACUGGGAGAACAAGCGCACACGAAUCACCGAGUAUUUGGCCACGCUUGUCGACCAACAGGAGAAUGACUUCGUCCUGCAUCCAGCCAUGUUCGUCACCGCAGAGGCAAAAGAGGCCGCCCGUAAACAAAGGGAGCAGCAUAAGCAAAGCGUGAAAGACGGUUGGGUAGACACUAAUGUGGAUAAACUGGAAGACGGAGAAGUGCCGGAAGAGCAGAUCGAGCAUGGUAGUCUCACGGCAGGGAGACAUGUUCUUUCCAUCGACUGCGAAAUGUGCAAGGCCGAAGACGAUCAGCUUGUCCUCACCCGAAUCAGCCUAAUGAACUGGGAGGGUACCGUAGUUCUGGAUAAGCUUGUCAAGCCCGAAGUGGCUAUCAAGGAUUAUCUAACCCAGUGGUCGGGCAUAACUGCGGCCAUGCUACAAGAUGUCACCACCACACUGUCGGAAAUACAGAAGGAACUGCUGAAGCUCAUCACUCCACGUACAAUCCUCGUGGGACACUCGCUGAACUCAGAUCUCACCGCAAUGAAGCUUACCCAUCCUUUCUUGGUUGAUACAGGGAUUCUCUACCCGCAUCCGCGCGGGCCACCGUAUAAGCAAUCGCUGAAGUGGCUUGCACAGAAGUAUCUCAAGCGUGAAGUUCAGAAAGGUGCGAGUGGGCAUGACAGUGUCGAGGACGCUCGCACCUGUCUCGACUUGGUCAAGCAGAAGUGCGAAAAGGGCCCACGCUGGGGAUCGGGUGAUACCAAUGCUGAAUCCAUAUUCAAGCGACUUGAGCGCGCCAUACGGCCCCAUUCGAAUGAAAUGCAUCGAUCUGGUGCUGUGGUAGAUUGGGGUGAACCAAGGCGCGGUCACGGCGGCCAAGCGCAAAUGUCGGUGGGGUGUAGAACCGACGAUGAGGUGGUGGAGGGCAUCAGCCGUGUGAUGCUUGGCCGAGCUGAGGAUCAAGACGGCGCUGCUGAUGGGGCCGAUUUCCUCUGGGGACGCCUGCGCGAACUCGAACUCAAACGAGGCUGGUGGGAUGAUGCCAAGACAGCUGACGUUGAAGCCAUUCGUCUGGAUGGUAUACAACGACUUGGACCGACGACCGAUGGUGAGGAGGGCAGUGAGCACGCUGAAGAUGCGCAGCUCAGCGAGAUUGUCUCGCACACUGUCAAGCGCAUUGGCCGGAUUUACGAAUCCUUGCCGCGCUGCACUGCCUUUAUCGUAUACAGCGGAACCAGCGAUCCACGAGAGAUGCGCCGGUUACAGGCAAUGCAACAGCAAUAUCGUCGGGAAUACGCUACUAAGAAUUGGGAUAAUCUCAGUGUCAAAUGGACUGAUACCGAAAUACAGGCAUUAUCGCGCGCUUGUCAGGACGCGCGCAACGGGAUUGCUUUGAUUGCGGUAAAGUAA